CCAAUUUUUUUCAUCCGCGUGCAGAAAAAAAAUUUUAGUGGACCAAAAACUCACGAUGACCACCGAAUUAAGUAACGACCAUGACAAACUCAAAUCUUUGGAAAAUGUCAAUCGUCAACUGCUGGAAAAUCAAUCGUUCCUCUGCGACGAGAACAGAAAACUCCAACAGAACGCCAGCAAACUUUCCAAAAAUCUGGAGGAACUUCGAAAAUCGACCGUAGAUCCAGACGUGCUGAAGAGCCUAACUUUGGAAAAGAACAACUUGGCGACGUUAAACGAGCGGCUUAAGCAAAAACUCGAAACGCUGACCGCCAAAUCUUCCGAGCUGAACGAACGAGAGACGGAGAAACAAAGAAUAGAGAAGCGAGAGUUGAUAAAGUCGGUUGAAGAACUGGAAAUAAUCUUGAACAGGAUAAACAGCAGGCCGGAGACAUUUGAAAUCGCGCUACCCAAAGACAGUACGGUUAAAGAAAUGUGCAAAACUUUGACGAAAAGAUUGGACGAAGAACAGAAAAGGUCGGACGAGGCGAUCGAAACUAUAAGAAGGCUCAGAAACGAUGACGAGAAACUGAUCUUAAAAGAUAAAAUUGCCGACUUGAAGCAGCUGAUAACUGAUUUAGAGGUAGAGAAUUCGAAGUUGAAAUUUCAAGGGGAACAACUCGAGGACGACGUAGAACGAUACAAAAGGGAUCUUUCGGAAGCAGUCGAGGACGCUAAAACUUCGAAAAAGGAAAAAUACCAACUGGAAUACGAAAUUGAUAAGUUGAAGCAAAUCAUUUCGAACCUGGAGAACGAAAAGAUCAAAUUGAAGAAAGACAUGAUCGAGGAGUUGACCGAAGCUAAUCGGGCUAAGAGGGUUCUCACUGAUACCGAAAUAGCUCUCCAGCAUAUAUCCGAAGCCUACGAAAACAAGCGAAAGGAAGUAGCGAGAUACCAGAAGCAGCUAGACGAAGCUAAUAUGAUUAUAAGGGGAUUUAGAGACCAGUUUGAUGCGAACGAACCCCAGUAUUAACAAACAAAUCAAUGAAGCGGCGACCUUUGACCCAGUUUUUUAACUAAUCUAAACGGAUUUGCAGAUUAGCCAUUAUGCGAUGCAAAAAUUCGCCUACAUCGCCGACACUAAUAUAAGGCAAACGAAAAAUAUAGCUGGGAGAGGUAAAGCUCUGUUUUAGAAAAAGAAAUAA